CUGUCUUUUGUAAAGGGGAAUGCCCAAUCGAGGCCCUCAGUGGACAACGGACUACAGAAAAAAUAGUUUAUGCAUAAAUUUUUUCAUAAUAAAAUAUGAUUUUACAUUCUUCCAUAUAUGCGCCAUUAAAAUCCACAACAAUUAGGUAUUUAAAAAAAGUAAGUUUACUGAUAAAAUAAGCUGUAUUUUCUAAUUUAACGCUAGCAAAACAUUGCCAGCCACAAAAUAAUAUUUUAAAUGUUAUGAACUUAUGACUUAUUAAGUUUAUUGUAAUCGAUUUAUGAACAAAUACAAUACAAUACCCACGGGACUUUGCGGAUAUUUUAAGGAACUUACUUUAAUAAAAUAACUUAACUUAACUUUAGAAAACUAUAUUUGAAAGAAUAAAAACCAGUUUUCACUUUUAAUGUCUUUUUUCGUCGUUGUGACAACACCGAACUGAAUCUGACAUAGACAGUUCGCUUGUUGCUUACGCUCAAUGUGGAUGUGUUUUGAUUUUUCUUCGAUUCCUCGUACUACCUGGCUUUGUUAUAUGGACUUGAUUCGGAUUAUUACCAACGACUUUGGCUUUGUUUUGUGGAUUUUGUUCUUACCUUCAACGACAACUUUGUCUUUGGAAUCAAGGAUCUUGGCUGCUUUCGAUUUUGGAUACCGAUCGAUAACGUUAUAUACAAUGCCUGAAAACCAUUGUGUGAAUUGUGGGUUUAACUUGACCGAGGCUCAAGAGCAUACCUUGGAGCCAGAAGAAAUAAGCGUCAUACAGCAGUGGGUUGCCCCACGGCAGGUGUCAAGAGAUAAUCUUGUUUGCCAUAACUGCUGGUUGGUAGUAACUGAAACCUUUGCUCCUCAACAAGAGCUGGAAGGAUCUGUACGUCAAAAUAGCUGUAUCAAUUGUGGACGGUCUGUUAGACGUAUAAGAAGUCACUCAAUAAGAACAGAUACAGAUAGAGAAAGCCGCAUUAGAAAUGUAAUAAUGGAAUGGAUUCAACCUCGAGAGGUUUCAUCAUUAAGUCGCAUCUGUCAUCCUUGCUGGCACAGAGCCGACAGAGCCGCUAUACAUUUUGUACAAGAAUCAGCAUCAACAUCUUCAGCUUCAACAACUGAAUCAGAAAUAAUUCUACCCAGUUACACAAGGGCUGCAAAUACAGAAAGGUGUUGUAUUUUUCCAGACUGCCAUGAACCUGAAAGAAUGCAUAUUCCUACAUCAAUUCGUGUGAGAUUGCUAUGUGAUUUAUCUUUCUAUGUUCCUCAAAACUGCCGUAUCUGUAACUUUCACCUGACAAAUCGUACAUGGGAUAGUUUAAUUGUAGAAAAUGGAAACCAUACCUUCACCGCUGCAUUUAUUGAAGAUUUGCUAUCAUUACUAAAAAACCAAAUAGGCAAUAAUAUCGAUUUUGAAAAUAUUGAAGAUAGCGAUGAUCAUUUAGUUUAUUAUUGGCUUGGUAUGUCUAAACAUCAAUUUAGAAGAAUAUUGGAAGAGGUUCCUCGACUAAAUAAUAGCCACAGAGGAGCUACUGGACUGGCAGCUUAUUUAACAAAGCUAAGAACUGGUGAUUCAGAUCAAAGGCUUUCUACAUUAUUUAAGGUACCUAGAAGUACUUUAGAAAGACUAAUGAAUAAUGCAAGGGAACUUCUUACCCAAGAUUUUGUACCACAAAACUUAGGCCUGCAGCAUGUUACUAGAGAAAACAUUGCACAGAGGAAUUUAAUAAUCCCUAAUGGAUUAUUUGGAAGCACAAAUCAAGUUAAACCUAUUGUAAUCAUGGAUGGAACUUAUGUGUACAUUCAAAAAAGCUCAAACUAUAAAUAUCAAAAACAAACAUACUCUCUGCACAAGUUUAGGAAUUUAAUGAAACCAUUUAUUAUAACAUGUUGUGAUGGAUAUAUAUUAGAUGUCAUGGGCCCCUACCCCGCAACAACAUCAGAUGCUGAGAUUCUUAAAAAUGAAUUCAGUUCACACGAUGCACCAAUGAGGAGAUUUUUUGAACCAGGUGAUGUAUUUAUAUUAGACCGAGGUUUUAGGGACGCAAUACCACUUCUAACAGAAUGUGGGUACUCUGUUAAAGUUCCAGCAUCACUUGAGGAAGGCGAAUCACAAUUAUCCACUAUUGAUGCUAAUAACUCCAGGAAAGUGACUAUUUGUCGCUGGGUUGUUGAGGUCAUAAAUGGUGUGUUUAAACAAACAUUUAAAUUGUUUCGGCAAGAAUUUUUCAAUCGGGCAUCUACUCACAUGAUGCAAGAUUUUGCAGUAGGUGCAGCAUUAAUUAAUAGGUUUCAUCCAAGGAUAUUAGAUAGACCGGAUGCUGCUCAAAUAUUAUCAAUAAUUAAUGAGAGAAUGUAUAUCCAUAAUACUUUAGCAGAUUAUAUUAAUCUAUAUCAUUUAAAUCGCAGAAGGGCUCAAUUUGUUAACAUUACCGUUGGCUCUGACAAUUUAAAUGACUUCCCAAGAUUAACAAUGGAUGAUUUAAUAUUAAUUGCAUGUGGGACCUACCAAAUAAAACAAGCUAGAUCAUAUUAUGGAGAACAUAUAAGAGCCAACGGUAUGUACAGUAUUGAAAUAUGUAGAGAACAAAAUAGCAACCUACCAAGCGAAUUACUUAAUGAAAACUGCUGGCUUUUGCGUGCCAAAAUACAAAGCAGACAUGUGAGCCGUAAGAUAUAUUUUGUUUAUCCAAACUAAUAUUAUAAAUGCGAAAGUAACUCUGUCUGUCUGUCUGUCUGUCUUUCUGUCUGUCUGUCUGUCUUUUCUUCACGCCUAAACUACUGAACCGAUUUGUGUGAAAUUUGGUACAGACAUAGUUUGAAACUUGAGAAAGGACAUAGGAUAGUUUUUAUUACAAAAAAAAAUUAUAAUAAAAUUAUUCCGGACAUAUAGCGCCAUCUAUUGGUCAAAUCAAAAAUCUGCUGGUAGUCACUAUAUAUUCCACGCGAACGAAGUUGCGGGCAAAAGCUAGUAUUAAAAUAAAUAAUACUUAUGCCGGCAGAAAUGCAAUAGAAGAAUAUGCAUGUAAUUGUAUAAUAGGAAAACGCACGGUAGGUUGCUGUGCACACAUUAUGACUGUGCUUUGGUAUAUAGGUUGGGCAAGAUAUGAAUCAAAUAUUUGCCCACCUGCACCAUUUUUAGAUAAUCUGCUAAUUGUAUAUGACAACGAAGAAAAUAUAGAUAUAUAAAAUAGAACAUGUGUUUUUUUAUAUCCUCUUAACUAUAAUCUGAUAAAAAUAUAUUAGAAACAUCCCUCCUAUU